UCAUCAUGGAGACGAAGAUGCUCAGUAAGGAGAUGCAGACGACGAUGGACGAUGCAGAGAUCAACAUGGUGAACGCACGUGAGCAGCUCUACAAUGCCAGCCAGUACUACGAGACGCUGGUGGAGAUGAAAGGACAACCUGACGGCGCUCAUCUACCGGACGAUGCGGAAGGAGGGCAUCCUCUCUCAGCUGCUUGCCCUCAGAAACUACAAAAAACAAAACGUUGAGAAGUACCUCCUCCCUGCUGAGAGACACGCUGCAGAGCUGAUGGAGCAGGCCAUGCUGCUGCAGCAACAACUAGAGGGCGCCAGUGCUCAGGCAGAGGAUCCGCUGAAGGCAGCAUCCGUGUACGAGAACAUCGUCAAUGCCCGUCGCCGAGGCAAAGAUGGCGGCGAUCGAGGCCAUAAGGCGGCGGACGAGGCAUACAGCACUGCAUCCAAGUCCGGCCUUACCGGUCGCGCGAAAAAGCUGAAACAACGGAACGCCGAGAUCCUAGAGGAUGCGAACAACUUGAAUUCCAGCGGUGAGUGCUGCCACCUGGUUCGCACCAGGGCAAACGUGUCGUAG